AUGGCCGCAUUUCAAAUCUGCUUACAGAUCUGGAUGGCAACCUCUUUGCUUGCCGAUGGAUUGGCUAUUGCUGGACAAGCUAUUAUUGCAAGUGAAUUUGCUAAAAAGGAUUACAAAAAGGUUAUCGAAUCUGCCUCACGUGUGCUUCAGCUUGGCUUGAUUCUUGGGCUGGUGCUCUCACUCCUUCUUUUGAGUCUACUUCCCUUUGGUUCUAAGUUAUUUACAAAUGACAAACAUGUUCUGCAGCUUAUCGGCAUUGGCAUUCCAUAUGUUGCUGCCACUCAACCCAUCAAUGCUUUGGCAUUUGUUUUUGAUGGAAUCAACUAUGGGGCAUCAGAUUUCACAUACUCCGCUUACUCAAUGAUUAUGGUGGCAUUGGUGAGCAUAUUGAGUCUGUAUGUGCUGUCCUCAAGCUUUGGCUUUACUGGUAUCUGGAUUGCGUUGUCUAUUUACAUGGCUCUAAGGAUAUUUGCUGGGUUUUGGAGGAUUGGUACUGCGUCAGGACCUUGGAGCUUCCUCACUGAAAACCCUUUCGCUCCAGUAAUUCCAUGCUGUUACUAA